UUUUGUAAACACAGUCUGAGUCGACCAUCUGGCAAUGACAGGACGUGGAGUUUUGAGUUUUUGAAUUUAUUGUUUAAAAAUGUACACGUUACUUUCGGGUUUCUACAAGUACCUGGUCCAGAAAGAUGAAUAUUGCGUUCUCAUCCUUGGUCUUGACAACGCUGGAAAAUCGACGUACUUAGAGGCAGCUAAAACCAAAUUUACAAAGGGCUACAAAGGACUGAACCCAAGUAAAAUCACAACCACCGUAGGCUUAAAUAUAGGCCAAAUUGAUAUAAAAGGCGUUCGCCUCAGUUUUUGGGAUCUCGGUGGACAAGAGGAGCUGCAAAGUCUGUGGGACAAGUAUUAUGCAGAAUCACACGCUGUGAUUUAUGUGGUUGACUCUGCCGAUAGGGGUAGAAUUCCUGAGUCAAAAAAUGCAUUUGAUAAAAUGAUAAGCAGCAAUUUCCUUGAAGGUGUUCCGUUGCUUGUCUUGGCAAACAAGCAAGACAUUCCAGAUUGCAUGGGGGUGAGAGACGUGAAGCCUAUUUUUAACAGAAGUGCGCAUUUAAUUGGAAGACGAGACUGCAUGGUGAUGCCUGUCUCGGCUCUCACAGGGGAUGGCAUCAAUGAGGGAAUCAAUUGGCUAGUGGAUUGUAUAAAGAGAAACAACAAUUUGAGACCACCGAGAAAUCAAGAAGACAUGUGAACUUGUUAUUGAACCACUUUUGUAUUUAUGUACUAAAAUGCGUGUGUUUCUUUUUAUCAAAACUUUGUCCGUAAAAUUUAUGGGUGUUAUUUUACAACAAUCAUUUACAUCUCGUAAGUCUGUUAACAUUAAAUUUUUAGUUAAGUUAUAAAAGUAUUUAAUAAAAUAUAGUUAAUUAAAUUAAAAAAUUUCUG